AUUCAGUGGAAAUGCAGCGACGGGGCAGCAGAUGCGCUUCAGUGAAUCACACACACACAGUCAUAAUAACCAGCAGCCAUCAACAUCAUCGAUAGAGAAGCAUCGCCAAGACAACCGCCAGGAAAACCAACAUGGUUAAACUGGGCAGUAACCUGGUUGAGAAGGUGGAAAGACAGCCGUCAGAGGAGGACGGCUUCGACAACAUCCCCCUUAUCACUCCACUGGAGGUCAGCCAGUUACAGCAGCCUUUCCCUGACAAGGUGAUUGUGAAGACCACAACAGAGUAUCAACUGAAGGAGAAGAAGAGGAAGCUGUAUGUGCCGAGCAUCAAGAAGCUAAACAUAAACCUUUAUGAUGAGAUGUCAGAGAAGGUCAAGUUGACUGGGCUGAUUGUUAUCACCUUGGCUUUCUUGGCUUGCCUGCUGCUGUUGGUCAUGUAUAAAGCGCUGUGGUACGACCAGCUUGGCUGCCCAGAGGGCUUCAUUCUCCAGCACAGACACUGCACACCAGCAGCUCUGGAGAUGUACUACCCUGAGCAGGAUUCCCGAGGCAGCCUCUACACAGCCAUGACCCACCUCAGCCAGGCCAAGAGGAACAUCCCAGAGCUUUCUUCUCCCUGGCUCCCCGUCAUCAACGCUCUGAAGGAGGCCCAGAGGGCCAAGGAGGAGGCAAACCACUCAUAAAGAUAAUGGGAGACAAGAGGAGGUGGGAAGUGAUGGUUUGGUGUGGUAGUUUACACUGUAUGUAGGGUUUGUAUGGAAUCAAUCCUGGUGAAGUAGUUCUGAAAGGGAUUACUUGUAUGUGUGUGUUUAAGACAGACAAAGUUCCUAGAAUAUGACAGGAAUAACUAAUACGUUUAAUGGUGACACACAUGUCUUUAAAGCAAUGUCCUUGGAAGUCUCUUGGUUUGGAAUAUACUUCGUUGGCAUUCUGCAAUACAAAUGCUUUCAGCCUCUCAGAAAUCUCAUGAUGCUCAAUGCCAGUUUAGAAGAAAUGUAGAAUUUCGAAGCUUGUCCUUAAAGCAUUUUAAAUGUCACCAUGCCAUGUUUUGAUGGCACAUCUCACUGUGGCAUUGUAGGUUUAGUUGUGCUGCUUGUAAUACUUGCAACGUUUGCUAGGCGUUAGUUCUCGCUUAUGGUUUAAUUUGAACUUGAGUAAUUUAGCUUUAGUGUAAUGGCUGUGAAUUGUGCUCUAAUUAAUUGCAAUGCAACAGAGUGCAUUUGCAAGACAAAAGCAUUCCAGAUAGUUUCCUUAAAACUGCUCUAAAAUACUAAUUGUUGUCUUUGAGCAAUGUGUCUGAUUUUAAAGUGAAAAAGAACUACCACGCUGGAGUUUUUGUUUCUUUUUUGCACAUUUUACUAAUGAAAAUGUAAUACAUUUGAAAAUCUGACUUACGUUAAAUGGCAAGAGAGAAAUAAUUGGUGCAAACACUCGAUUUUAUACACAUUCGCAUGUUUAACUUAUCCCCGCACAUCCCCAACCCAUCUUAGAAUAUAAACUAUACCUUAAGAUUUGAAAAUCAAGUUGUUGAAUGUAUACUGGAUUAACGGUAGCCAUUUUUAGAUUCUCAUGAAAUGCGUCAUUGUUUUAUUUGCAUUGAUGCAUUUACACACAGAGCACCAGCAGCCAUUAAAGUGUAUAAUUAAUGUCGUAAAUUAUUCUUUAAAAAGUUCAAGAAUGUGAUUAAACACCUCAUGAAAGUGAGGGAUCGUUUUUGUGUCCGUUAAUCAGUCCAACAGCAAAUAAAUCUAAGCUGGUCUGAAUGUAUAAACUGACAAUGGCUGUUUAAAAUGUGUUUCCCCCCUUCUUUUACUGGUUUGUUGUAUUCAUUUAUAGUGCUCGGUAUUUAUCUAUUGUGAUAUGUACACUUUUUCAUUUGUAUUGGUUUUCAAUUGUUAUAAAUGUAUAAAGUUAUUAUGUGUGGAAAGUAUUUAUUUAUGUAUUUAUCUUAUUAUUUCAACAUAUGCUUUAGUUUACUGGUGCAGGAAGGAAUUAGGGUUCUUGUUAUCAUAAAGCCUGUAGUAAUACUCAUUUCUGUGUGUGACAAACUUUGAUCUAUCCUCAGUGGAUAAUACAAAUAAAGGUUUCAGUAU